UACAAUGCGAGUCGCAAAGUCGACACCCCGAGGUGUCGUCCGUGCCUUCUGCAGUGAUUUCGUUUAGAGACCCUGGCUUGACUUUAAUUGACUUGAACUAAAUUACAAUCGUGUUAAAGGAGGAUCUUUACUCAACGAGUGUCUCAGGGAGAGAUUGAAACGACAAUGUUGUCACCACCCGCCGCACUGUUGAAUGCUAUAAGCAGGAACAUUUCCACGUCAACUCCUGUUGGUCAAAUAAUCAAAUUGAGCCGACUGAGGGUAGUGGACAACAGCGAGAUAGGAAGGCAAGCUAUGAUGGAGGGUAGACCACCGCGAUGCAUACACGUCUACAAUAAAGUCGGGGUGGGAUACAUCGGCGACAGAAUUUUAGUCGCGAUCAGGGGCGAAAAGAAGAAAGGCAUACUGGUUGGAUUGAAGCAGAAUCAGUCCCCGAAAGUUCCCAAGUUUGACAGCAACAAUCUGGUGCUGAUAGACGACAACGGGACACCUCUAGGUACAAGAAUACAGGUGCCAAUUCCACACAUACUCCGGACGAUAAUGAAGAAAAACACCCACACCAAAGGAGCAGAUUAUACUAAGCUAAUAGCGAUUGCAUCCAGAUUUGUGUAGUCUUGCUUACUGUUGUGAUAUAGAAGUGUAUCAAAUAUAUGUAUAGUUCAACAAAAUAUUAACGUUGUAAUUAUACAUAGUAUAAAAAGCGACGUUACAUUUGUACAGAUUAAAAUUUAUAAAAUUGUAAAUUAAUGUAA